UUAAGUUUUCAUAACUAGCUGAGUGGCUCUCAGCUUAGAUCGUUUCGUUUAAGUGCGAUCACUUUUUUCAUUCAUUCAUCAAAUCAAAUUUUCAUUCUUUAGUGUCAGUGUCUCGAAAGAAGCAAGAAAAAAAUUAAUUAAAAUAAAAUUAUUAAUAAGUAACUAAAUUUAGUACAAUAAUUAACUAGUUCCCUUUGUGUUUCGUUGGUUUUUGAAAAAAAAUCAUUAAAAGUCAUUGUCAUUUUCAUUCAACAUAAUGUGCGUUAAAAUAAAUGUUUUAAUUUUUGUCAUACUCGUGUCAUCGUUACAAAUUUGUCUGGGAAAACUGCCCUCCUCCAUUGUACCCUGUCAUCGUGAUGAUCCUGAUUUAGAAAAUUGUAUCAUUAAAGCUGUGGACGAUAUAAGACCUCUAUUGGCUCAUGGAGAUUUAGGUGAUGGUUAUCAAUCGCCACCUUUGGAACCUCUCUAUCUAGACAAUAUAGAAUUGGGAAGAGGUGGUCAAUUUCAUGCGGUUUUUAGCGAUAUGGUGGUGAGGGGUGGCAGUAACUUUAUUAUAAAUAAAUUAGCAGCUAAUGCUUCAAAUCUGGCAUUUGAUGUGACUUUGACUUUGCCCCGAAUUGAUUUUACCGCCAAAUAUCUAAUGAAACUUAAUAUUUUAUUAUUGGAUUUGCAGGGGCGUGGUAAUGUUAAGGGUUAUGCGGAAAACGCUAAGGCUUUAGUUAAAAUACGCGGAAUACGUGUACCCCAAGAUGGCGUAGAAUAUGUCCGUUUCACUAAAUUGCCUUUGAAAAUCAAUAUUGAUGUUUUCAAAAUGCAUUUAGAUAAUUUAUUCAAUGGUGAUCGUGUUUUAGGUGAAGUGGGCAAUACAAUUAUUAAUGAUAAUCGAGAUUUGUAUUUGAAUGAAAUUAUACCCGGCCUGGAGAAGGGAUUGUCGAAAAAGUUCCUGGACAUUGCUAAUAUGUUAAUGGAAAAUACCACAUAUGAUGAAAUGUUUCCCAUGUAAAAUGGGAAUGUAAAUUAUUUUAUAUUUUUUUUUUGUAAUAAGUAUAUGAGCACGAGUGUAAUUGUUUAAGAGUAUUUUUAAGAGGGUUUUAUUUUUAAUAAGAUUUUUUAAUGGGUUAUAUCUUUUUUUAAU